AGCAGUAGCGGGAACUCGGUCAAAACGUGUUAGUCAUUCUAACUCCGUCUUAGAGAGCAACAAUACUGCUUUUCCUCGUACUGUGUCGCGCUUCAUCUGCCGUUAUGUACUGACCAAACUGCUGUGAAGUGUGGUGAAAAAACGUUAAUCUUAAAAUAGUACUGGUGUCGGUCAAUGCUGCUUUUGAAAACUUGGCCUGCAUUGCAUAAAAUAUACCCAGGAUUUCGGAAUACCAAAUUUUCCCAGAGUUUAGAUAACAUAGAUGGGAGUGCGUGAAUAAAACUAACAAACUCAAAUUAACGAAAGGAGAAGUUCAGCGAAGAAAAUGGCAACCCGUAGUUCUGCGUAUAUGCGAUCUCUUUCAGACGACACCGGCACCACUCUAUAUGCACUCUGUCCUCGGCAAGGAAGUGAGAGUCCUGAUUUUGGCCGAGGUCCAGGUUUUUGUGUACCUCAGGACGCCCUCAAAGAUAUCGAAGCCAUCAUGAUGAAGGCGGAAGAUCCUGACAGACCCAACGAGAUUUCGGCACCUUACGAGGUUCCUCAGUUCCCUAUUGAACAAAUUGAGGACAAGCUCAAACUUCAGCGCCAGCUAAGUGCAAGAGUGGCCGAACGAACGUCCCGCUACGAGCCUUCCGAAACGGCGCUGGACGAACACGAAGACCCGGAGUUCGAGGUGGAUGAGGCGGAUUACGUUCCUUACUACCAGAGAGUCUUCAUCUCGGGCGAAGAGACCAGCUCUUACCUCCUUGACAACUUGAUCACCAAUGUUCCCGUGGAGGACAUCACUAAAUCAUCCAAACUGCUGAUUGAAGCCUUAAGACUCCGAGAAAAGUACAUGGCAUGGGCAGGCCAGUCCUUUCCAAGCGUUACGGCCACUUUCUUGAGGGAAGCGGGAACGGAAGAUCCCAUGAGCAGUUCCAGAAGGUACCAUGGUGCGUGUUCCGACCGCAAGAGUCUGGAAGAGAAGCUCCAGAAUCUAGUGGCCACUAGUAUUGGAGAGGGCCUUCCUGUUUCGCGCCCUGACCACCCCAUCCACCCGCCUCGCAAAGAAGUUAGUCCUUGGAAGAUAGACGUUCCCGAAAACUGUGGCUAUGAAGUUCGUAUGAUGGACGGUGUCUUCCAGGUAUAUCCCAGCGAAGAAGCUGUCCGGCGAAAUGAAUGUUUCUCCUACCCGUAUCCAAACUUAGCCCGUUACAUACAAGACCUGAAUUUGCUGUGCGCCUUGAUUGCUAAUGGGCCAGUCAAGUCGUUCUGCUAUAGGCGCCUGCAGUAUCUUUCAUCCAAGUUCCAGCUCCAUGUGCUCCUAAAUGAAAUGAGGGAGUUAGCAGCCCAGAAAGGUGUUCCUCACAGGGACUUCUACAACAUACGAAAGGUGGACACGCACAUUCACGCGGCUUCUUGCAUGAACCAGAAGCAUUUGCUGCGGUUCAUCAAGAAGUGCGUGAAAACCCACCCGGAUGAAAUCGUAUGCGUCGUCAAGGGGGAGGAGAUGACCUUGGCCCAAGUGUUUGCCUCGCUCAACCUCACUGCCUAUGACCUCUCUGUGGAUAUGCUAGAUGUGCAUGCAGAUAGGAAUACAUUUCACAGGUUUGAUAAAUUCAAUGCCAAAUACAAUCCAGUCGGAGAAUCACGUCUCCGGGAAGUCUUUCUCAAAACUGGUAACCAUCUAAAUGGAAAGUAUUUUGGCCACAUUAUCAAGGAAGUAAUGGCUGAUCUGGAAGAGAGUAAAUAUCAAAAUGCAGAGCUUCGUCUUUCAAUUUAUGGCAAGUCCAGAGAUGAGUGGAGAAUGCUAGCUCGUUGGGCAGUUGAACACAAUGUUCAUUCAGAAAAUGUUAGGUGGCUCAUUCAAGUGCCACGGUUGUGUGAUAUCUACAAGAAUAAUAACAUCAUGGAUAAUUUUGAGACAUUUAUAGACAACUUGUUUGGCCCACUCUUUGAAGUCUCUGUGGACCCCAGCGUUGACCCAGACCUGCAUGCGUUUUUGCAGUAUGUAAUUGGAUUUGAUAGUGUAGAUGAUGAGAGUAAGCCAGAGACUUCAGUUAUGGACAAAGAUAUGCCAACACCACAGCUCUGGUCAGACACUGAGAAUCCCCCAUAUGCAUACUACCUGUAUUACAUGUAUGCCAAUAUCUGCACCCUGAAUCACCUGCGAAGAGAACGUGGCCUGAGCACCUUCGUCCUUAGGCCACACUGCGGUGAAGCAGGCUCCAUUCAACACUUGGUGGCAGGGUUCCUGCUGGCUGAAAAUAUCUCUCAUGGACUUCUUCUCCGCAAAUUGGUAUUGCCAUGUCACCACUCUCCAAUAAUUCUUUGUUCCUGAAUUACCACCGAAACCCUCUGCCAGAGUACAUGGCUCGGGGGCUCCUUGUGUCCCUCUCCACUGAUGAUCCCUUGCAGUUUCACUUCACGAAGGAGCCUCUCAUGGAGGAAUAUUCAAUUGCGACUCAAGUGUGGAAGUUAUCACCAACGGACAUGUGUGAACUGGCCAGAAACUCUGUUUUGAUGAGUGGCUUUGAGCAUGAGAUCAAACAGUACUGGAUUGGCCCAAACUACACAAAGGAUGGUGUAGCUGGAAAUGACAUUAAGCGAACUAAUGUACCCAACAUCCGUGUAGCAUUCAGGCAUGAAACACUUCUGGAUGAACUAUCGAAUAUAUUCCGCCGUCCUGAAGAUAAGGAGGAAACAUAAAGAGGAGAAUGGAAGGCCUGGCCCACGUCGAGAAGGACAUUCAUCACUCAUUUUAUGGGAAGACUCAUGUGAUAUUCUUUGAAACAAGUAA